GCCUAGCAACGCAAAAUCGCUUUGCGCGAUCAGCAGAUCGAGCGCGUGUCAUUCACGAUGUCGCGGUGAUAGUGAAAGCACGGUGAUGGUGCCGCUGAAAGCUGAAGAAGUGAAAACGGCACUCUGAAAAAAAUCAUGUCUGAAACGGAGAUGAGGCGGCGUCGCUCGCAGGACGCCGACGUCGCCACGUCCUCCACCAAGACUUGGGACCGACAGAAAACCACCCUGCUGGCAUGGAGGGACAUGCCGAAGCAUCUCCAGUUCAACCCCUACAUCCACACGGGGUACAGGCCGAUGCUGACGGUGUGGGGCUGCGUUAACAGUCUCUGCUAUCUGCACAACGAGACUGUCAACAUUGUCACGCACGCAAUUCCAAUACUUUACAUCCUCUUCACCGUGCCUGCUUUGCUUCCAUGGUCCCAAGUCGAGCUCCGUUUCCUCUCAUGGUGUCAUUUCUUGGGUAUAUUGUGUCCAUGGGUCGGAAGUUUCGUUUAUCAUCUUUUUAUGAAUUUAAAUCGAAGCGAAAAUUUUUAUCAUCGUCUGCUCCAAUUGGACAUGUUAGGAAUUUGGAUCAGUCAGAGUUUCGGUGCCAUGCCAAUGGUGAUCGCGACGACGUACUGCCUGCCCCGCCUCCUGCGCUGGUUCACCAUCGUCGCCUAUUGCGCGCUGAGCCUGUGGGGCUUGUACAAAGCGAUGAUCGCAUGGUCGCCAUGGGAGCGCCGUCUUUGCUUCCUUCUGCCUUUCGUGAUGCGCCUCCUGCUCUGGUGUCUGCGCGUCACCAGCUACGGGGGCGGCGACCCGGCCGCCUUCCAGCACGUCAUCCUCCAGGACCUGGUGUCCAUCUUCGGGGCGGCCAUCGGCGCCCUCCAUAUUCCAGAGAAAUGGUUUCCUGGAGCCGUGGAUUUCUACAUGAACUCGCAUAAUAUCAUGCAUGUGUUGGUCGUGGCUGCGGUUUAUUCCAUGCAUGUGGCGACAAUGCGUGACCUUGCCUGGAUGUCACGGGUGAAAUGUAGCGCCGCCCUCUGAUGCGCAGCCACGCCCAUUGACAGCAAAAUGGGAUAAUCAGGUUAAAUAAUAUCUUCGCUUGUUUCUUGCGCACAAAGUGGUUCUUCCGGACACGCGUUUUAACUUUUCCAGAAAAUUUAUUACAGUUGUGAUAGAGUAGAUGAGGUUAGAGUUUUGUUUUAAACUAGCUGUAGGGUUUCCAGUGAUGAAAAUAUAUCUUACUGUAGUGGGUUUAUCAGGCUUUUUUCAACAAAGGGGGGUUGUACCGGCUUAGAAAUUACAAUAAGAUACGGCCUGUGGACGUGUAUUUUCCCACUUCUAAACAAGUUAAUAACAAAAUAGUUUUUAUUUUUGUCUCAGAAAUUAACACGUAAAUAUAUUUAUUUUAAUUUUUUUCUUUUGGGUUUGGCACUGCCUUAUUGGCCAAGAAUUUUUUUAGUAGUAAGUUGUACACUUCCGCAGUAACCUUCGUGCAAUAACUCUGUGCUUCCUUAUUUUUAAAUAACGUUGGCAAUACUGGUACAACUCAGCCAGUCCGUACACCAAUCUUAUUAGAAACGUAUUUUAUACAAAAUGUUCAAAGUUCGCAUUAUACAGGAACCGGCAACUUUUCAACACACAGGCUUGUCUUUAUAGAGUGAUUUUUUUAACUCAGAAUAAAAAAGAAAAAAACCUUAGUCAGUUCAAUUUUUAUUACUGUACUUUUCUGUACAUAACACUUUUUAAAAGGUAUUUUUUGCCUACGAAAGACUAUAAGUUAGGAGACGAAACGAGAUACAAAAUCGCACCCAAAGAUGUAGUACGGCAGUGGAAAAAUGAGGGCGCCCCAAAUCGUGUGUCAAAUCGUUUUAAAUUAAUUUAAAUUCAAGCAGUUCACUAAUUACUUGGAAAAAAUGCAGAAAUGUUGAGCUUUGCAUUCUCAACAGACUGAGAAAAACUGAGGACUUAAAUUUUGAUGAGAAACAUGAGAAAAAAAUUAUUUAAGAUUUAAAAUUUGCGCUCCGGCCCGUAUUUUUCAAAACGCUGCGAAUACGGUUAAAGAUACAAGAAAAACGUUCAGAAGAAAGUUGUAGAGAAUUAAAUUUCCUUUAAAAAAGUCAGCGUGACCAUAUCUUUAUCUUCAACGGUUUAGGCCCUAAAAACGUUCAAAGAUGCUCAAGCGACUGAUUUGCAUCAUUUUGCCGGUGGUCAAGUAUUGGAAAGUGAAUUUAUACCCAAACCGUUGAAGAUAGAAAUAUGGUGUCGCGGACUUUUUUGUAGCAAAUUUAAUUCUCUACAACGUCGUACCUUUCACUUUUUUGUAUCUUCAACCGUAUUCGCAGCGUUUUAAUAAAUAGGCGACGGUGCCCAAAAAUUAAUCGCUUAUUAUUGCGUUCUUUUUGCAAACGCAGCGAAUACGGUUGAAGAUACAAAAAAGUGAAAGGAACGAGGUUGUAGAGAAUUAAAUUUUCUAUAAAAAAGUCCGCGACACGAUAUGUCUAUCUUCAACGGUUUAGGUAUAAAUUAAUUUUCUAAUAUUUGACCACCGGCAAAAUGAAGGAAAUCCGACACUUGAGCGUCUUUGAAUGACUUUGGGGCCUAAAUGGUUGAAGAUAGAGAUAUGGUCUCUACAACUUUCUUCUGAACAUUUUUCUUGUAUCUGUAACCGUAUUCGCAGCGUUUUGAAAAAUAUGGGGCAGAGUGCAAAUUGGUAAAACUUUGAAAUUUUUUUAAAUAUAGUUCAAGAUAUAAUUUUUGCACUAUUUUUAUCUUCUAUUAUCGAGAAUUUGAUGCUCUAUCUGCCUGUAUUUUUUAAUUCGCCUUGUGCUAACCGUUAUUGAAUUACAACAAUUUUUAUAAAUUUAUUGCUCUGAAAACUUAGACGCCUCUGGCGACAUUAACGGAAAGCUUCAUUGGUUCAAUCAGGUCACGUGAUCGCAUUUAGCUGCGGAUUAAAUUAAUGCCGCGAAGAAUUAUAAAGCCGCCAUUUUGCAAGCGCGUAAAAGUCACCGGCUCCUGUAUCUCCUGAUAUUGUUUGUGUUUUAAAGUUCCUCUUUAAAAAUAAAUUUUAAAUGACCACGUAAGUGGUUCCUGUUGUGUAAAUAAAAACUCUGUAAAAUAAAAUCUUCCUUUAUUAUCAAUAAAUUAUGUACAUUUUGUGUAUAGAUAUUUAAAUAAAUAUUAGAAGUA